UGCGCAUGCGCAAACUGUCAACGUUUCGCGACUGAAAUCUGUCAGCUCAGCGAAGCUUAGACUUGUGAAAUAUCUUCAAAUCUCCCUCAAACCGCGGUUCUUUUGGGGGAGUUCCGAGCAUUUAAAUAAAGCUCAAGUUCCCGUUAGUUUUGGUUAUUGGUUUUCUUGAGACGCACCGUUGAAGGAAAGAGCAGAAUGACUAGCAGCUCGAAGCGGAAAGAAGAGGGUCAUCUGCUGAAUGGAGGCGUGAAACAGUCCACAUGGACCAAGGCGUUCAACAGCACCGCGGUCUGGGAGGAGAAGGAUGAGUUUUUAGAUGUGAUUUACUGGCUCCGACAAAUUAUUGCACUAAUCCUUGGUCUGAUAUGGGGUGUUGCACCGUUGAAAGGUUUUCUGGGAAUAGCCAUUUUCUGCAUCAUCAAUGCUGGUGUCCUGUAUGUAUACUUCAGCAGCUUUCAGCAGAUUGACGAAGAGGAGUAUGGAGGCACGUGGGAACUCACCAAAGAAGGCUUCAUGACAUCUUUUGCCCUGUUUCUGGUGGUGUGGAUAAUUUUUUACACAGCUUUACAUUAUGACUGAGAGGGAUCCUCAAGACAGUAAACGGACAUUUCUAUUGAUGUAAAUUGACAAGACACAAGACCUUCAUGGUUUGGGGAUGUCAGCACUCUGCAUACAGUAUGACUUCUCAUUGUGCAGUGCAUCAUGGGAAUCUUCCUUUGCAAAAACAAGAUCCAGCCAGAACACAGAGACGAACACUGUACUUCUCUCCAAUCUGAGGCUUCCUUUUUUCUUUUUUUUUUUUGUUAGACAUCUUCCAUUACCCUUCCCAUUUGUUAAUCUCCCUUAAUAUAUAUGUUCAUAAUUUCCAACAUAAACACUACAGAUGCAUAAAGCGAAUAUCUUAGCUCAAAUGUGUUGCAGUUCUGUUCAUUUUUGGUACAGUAUGUUGAUGUCAAACAGACGUAAAUCAGUUUAAGUAAGUGAUGAACGUAGACCAGUAGUAUGGAUACCCAUUCCAGCUUACUGGUCAUGAGCUGGUCAGUCACGUUACAGGGAAAGUGUCAUAUUUUAGUCAACCGGAGUCAGUCAGUCCAACUUUAACCUUAAGGACAGAAUGCAACAUGUAGGAUGAACAGACCUGCAAAGAUUUAUGCUGUAGCUUAAAUCUUUAAUAACUGCUUUUUUGGACUCCCCCACCAUAAACACAUCAAGAUCAUCAACCACUGUGUUCAUCUGUGGUUUUAAUGUUGGUGACCCCUGUCUUCAUAAUGUAAUGAAAUACUAAAGUUAUUUUUUUCCCCACUUUGGCAUCAAAUAUAUAAACUGUCAUUUGUUAUUGCUUCUAAAAGGUCUGAUAUUUAACAAAUUAAAAUUGUAGCACUACAGCUGAUGUCUUAACGUCUAACAUCGAAAAAGUGCUAGUUGUAUAAUGCACAUAUUGACUUCUAUCCAGUCCUGUAGCUAAAAGUAUUGAUAUGCUGUGUCUUAAUUCAGAAAGCAUCAGUUAUCUAAGUAAACAGGGAGGAAACAUGCAUGUUGUGUUGAGAUGCAAAUGUUACCAAAUUUUAGUUGAAUCUGAUUAGUGCACUGCCAUUUGAUUUGCUUUUAGUGUAUCUAGCUGUCAUAGUAAUGAUAAAAUAAAUUUAAAUUAAUUUUUUCUCACAAGCAGCUGUCAGAUCAAACUCGUGUCUGUUGUUGAAAUUAAUUUAAAAUUUUCUGUAAAAUGUUUGCAAAUUCAUGAUGUAUUACAGAUUUAUUUGUAUUUAUGUUAUAUCGUCUUUGAUGUAACAUAUUUCUCAGUAUUUUAUAGGAGAUAACUUUUAAAAACAGUUCUUGCAGAGUUAUUGUAAUGAUACUGUUUUACCCAAUAUGCAGCUGUUGUUUGAGAGGAUUGUAUUUUCUGAUCAAAUCUUUUGGGAAUCAUUAAACAUGGGCUUCGUUUGGCCUCCAUUUUCAAAAA